AUGACUUCCUCAGACAACAUCUCCUCCGACUACGAGCCCAGCAAGACCAUGGUCGACGCCUCCGAGAAAAAGGCCGACGGCCUGGUUGCUCCUCCCCUGUACGACCAGGAGAUCGGCGAGAUGACAGAGCAGGAGCGCAACGGCCACCAGAAGUUCAACCGCCUGGGCUGGAAGCGCCUCACCGUCGUGCUGAUUGUCGAGGCUAUCGCGCUGGGUAGUCUCUCCAUUCCUUCGUCGUUCGCGACCCUGGGCAUGGUUCCCGGCGUCAUCUGCUCCAUCGGCCUGGGUCUCAUCGCCAUCUACACCAGCUACGUCGUCGGCCAGGUCAAGUUGAAGUUCCCGCAGGUUGCCCACUACCCCGACGCCGGCACGCUCAUGUUCGGCCGCUGGGGCUACGAGAUCAUCAACGUCAUGCUCGGUCUGCAGCUCUUGUUCCUGGUCGGCUCCCACUGUCUCACCGGCACCAUCGCCUUCAUGACCAUUACCAACAGCGGCCUCUGCGGUGUCGUCUGGGGCGUCAUCUCCGCCAUCAUCCUCUUCCUCGUUGCCCUGCCCCCCAGUUUCGCCGAAGUCGCCAUUCUCGGCUACGUCGACUUUGCCUCCAUCGUCAUUGCCAUUGGCAUCACCAUCAUUGGCACCGGCGUGGACAGCACCAAUGCUCUUGGUGGCCUGUCGGCCGUCGACUGGCAAGCCUGGCCCAAAGAAGGCACCACCUUUACCGAAGGUUUCAUCGCCGUCUCCAACAUCAUCUUUGCAUAUAGUUUUGCCAUGUGCCAGUUCUCCUUCAUGGACGAAAUGCACACCCCCAAGGACUACGUCAAGUCCAUCUGGACCCUGGGAAUCAUCGAAAUCAUCAUCUACACUGUCACCGGUGCUCUGGUCUACGCCUUUGUCGGCGCCGAUGUCGAGAGUCCCGCUCUGCUGUCAGCCGGCAACGUCCUCGCGAAAAUCGCCUUCGGCGUUGCCCUGCCUGUCAUUUUCAUCAGUGGCUCUAUCAACGGAACCGUCCUGGGUCGCAUGGUUCAUGGUCGCAUCUACAAGAACUCCCCCAUCCGAUUCAUCAACUCCAAGAUGGGAUGGAUUACAUGGGUUGCUCUCAUUGCCGUCAUCACCGUCCUCGCCUUCAUCAUCGCCGAAGUCAUUCCCUUCUUCACUGACCUGCUCUCCAUCUCGUCUGCCCUGUUCAUCUCUGGCUUCACUUUCUACUUCCCGUCUUUGAUGUGGUUUAUGCUCAUUCGCGAGGGCAAGUGGAACUCGUCCAGGAAAAACCUGGCUCUUUCUUUUAUCAAUGCCCUGACCUUCGUCAUCGGUUUGAUCACACUGGUGGCCGGUACUUAUUCGAGUAUCGAUGACAUUAUCAACAACUAUAGAGACGGAACCGUCCGAGGUGUUUUCUCUUGCGGUAAACCAUAA